AUGAGUUCUUCAUCCUUUUUCUUAUCCUCAUUGGUGUUUUUGGAGUUAGAGCCGAGAUAUGUCUGUCUUAGGGGUGUACAGUGGGAGUCUUGCAAAGCUGCAGAGUUCUGUGAGAACAAAGGCUUGUAAUGGAAAAUUGACUGGACUAACGCAGAGUCACUUAGCAAUUUUAUCAUGUAUUUUGACCUUUACUGUGACUCAUAGUUCAAAAUUGGACUUUUUGGCUCAUUGUUCUUAGCAGGAAUAGUCCUUGGAUCAGUAACUCUAACAAGACUAGGAGAUAUCUACGGUAGGAAACCUAUAUUUUUAAUUGGAAUGGCUAUCUAAAUUUUGACAACAGUUGGAGUUCUGAUGAAUUCAAAUAUCAUGGUGGCGUAUGCACUAUUUUUUAUUAUAGGAUUUGGAGUAACAGGAAAGUAAUUCGUAGGAUUCUCUUAUCUUGUAGAGAUGCAGCCACAUUAUACAUAAGCUUAUGUUAGCAGCUUUGAAUUUAUUUUUGAAGCGUUUGUUUACCUCUUCGUUGUGAUAUAUUUCUCAUUGAUUUCGAAGACUUGGUAAUAUGUUGGAAUUCCGAGUUUAGGACUUGGAGUUAUAGGUUGUUUAAGUCUCCUAAGUCAGCCUGAGAGUCCUAGAUUCCUGAUUAGUGUUGGAGAAUAUGAAAAGGCCAGAUAAGUGUUUAAGCGUAUUGCAAGAGUAAACAAUUAAGAUCCCUCAAAAUUUGAUAAAGUAUCUUUUGCUGAAGAGGAUAUUUAGUAGAAAAUGCUGAUUAUAUAGGAUGAGAUAACAUCUGUCACAGAUAAUUUGAAAUCAAAUAGAAAGAAAUCAGAUUUAAAAGAGUUACUGUAAAACAGUUAACUAAGAGCUAAUCUAAUUUUAGCUAAUUUUAUCUGGUGCUCUCUUAUGAUUAACUACUACAUUCUGGCUUUCUAUUUGAAAUACUUCCCAGGAAAUAUAUAUGAAAAUACUCUCUAUAUGAUUGGAGCAGAUUUGCUGGCAUACAUAGUCUCUGGGACGUUGAUGAAGAAGACUGAUCUUAAGAAAUCAUUAGUGCUUGCUCAAAUCAUUUCAAUUAUUGGCUCUAGUCUCUACUAGCUUGUCUAUACAAACGACAAAAUCAUUCCGUUUGUAGUCAUAUUCUGUAGAUUUGGAAUUAGUAUGUCCUUCAAUUCAGUAUAUAUUGGCAAUAAUAGACUGUUCCCAACCUAAUUCUAGUCCACUACAUUUGGAUUUCUUAACUUUUUGUCACAUUGCUUAUCAGUGGGAGCGCCAAUCAUUGCUGAAAUAAGUGAUCCAAUACCAAUCUUGAUCUUCUUGGGCUGUUGUGUAAUUACUCUGAUAUCAGCAAUCUUCCUGAAAGAAGUAAACAGAGAUUUGCUAAACCAGAUUAAAUGA